UGACACUGAAAAUUUAUGAAUGGUGGCAGCAUUGCACAUUGAUCCGAAUCAUUUUGGAGCAUAUUGCCCUUUACAUGUUCGUUUUGUAUGUAUGUAAGGUAUGCUCCCGUAGCGGAACAGUUCGCCCAGCCAAACUAUGUUGAGCGCGCGAUUACCUUCUGCGGGUUGUUGUUGUUGUUGGGUUGGGUGGUUGGUGAAACAGGCGCGGUCGUCGCUCGGUCGGUCGGUCGAGCGAGAGCCAGAGCAAAGGCAGAGAAAAGAACGAAUAACCGUAUCAUGUCGAUUAAAUACAUCGCACCAGCACAGACUCGAGCGUUCGGCUCCUCAGCUCGCAGUCGGUGUUGAGAAGUAAUGUUAGAUGGGAAACGGCUCAGUUCAGUGCUGCUGGUGCUCCAAAGUGGAACCGUGGCGCGUCGAGAGAGCUUUGACCCCUAUAUAAGUAAUAUAAAAGUUGAAUUUGGUGACGUAACGUGUUUCUGGCGCUGCUCUCCGGCGAGUCCGUUCAUCAACGAGGGGGGAGUUCGUGGCCAUUCUCUCCGCACUCAACACUAUAGCGGUCGUCGGUCGUCAGCGGCACAGAGUCAAGUGCACCAGAGCAGACACAAGUGUUGUUGACUUCGAAGAAACAGGAAAUCGCCGCCGAUUUGUCCCCAAGCGUAUGCUUUAUGACUUUGUACUCUUUUAAGAAGAAGUCGUACCACAGAACGGGGAGAGACAACUCUCUUAGUUCGAAACGCCCUACCAACAUAAUCAAAAGUGUACCGUUUUUCUAAUGGAGCCACAUAAUUUCGAUAUCAAGCCAAAUCUACAACAGAUGAAACUGGAACCCGGAACGCAACAGUUUGGCAGCAGCAGCUUAGAUGACAAGGGCCCGAGUCUACAGCACCUGUCCACGCUGAACAGCAUGAGUAUCGAGUUGUGCCUGGUGUGUGGCGAUCGAGCUUCCGGUCGGCACUAUGGCGCCAUCAGCUGCGAGGGCUGCAAAGGAUUCUUCAAACGGUCCAUCCGCAAACAGCUCGGCUACCAGUGUCGGGGGUCGAUGAACUGCGAAGUGACGAAACACCAUCGCAACAGGUGUCAAUACUGCCGACUGCAAAAGUGCUUGGCUUGCGGAAUGCGAAGUGAUUCCGUCCAACAUGAACGCAAGCCUAUCAUCGACAAAAAGGAUGGCUCAGGAGGUCCCAAUCCGAACAGCAAGUACAACCCACACCGAAACAAGGAAUACCACAAUGAACAGAAAGCUAGUACAACAGUUACACCUUCCUACCUGAACCUAUUCCAAGGAUUCAAUUUGGCCGAAUUGGCGGUUGCAAAUCUCAGCAAACGGGCCAGUAAAUCGCCACCCGCUCCGUCCCACCUGACCUCAUCCAGCACAACCACAUCUUCCAACCCAUUCAGUUCGUUACAUUCCUUCAAGUCCCAAGAUGACCGUCAACCAACUCCUGCGGACUCAAUCGCUGCCCUGAUGCAGCUAGGCCCAACGGCCGCAGCCGCCGUGGCCAUGUCCGGUCUAGGUCCUCCCCCACAACAACCACCUCCGUCCCUCGAACCUCCAGAGCUUCCCUCUAAACCCACCCCUCCAUCCUCCCACCAACUCCCGAUGGAAACCACCGAAACCAACUCCAUGGAGAAGAACCUCAUCUGCAACUCGCUGGAGUUCAUUCAGAACCUGGAGCACGAGCUGAACAACAGCGUCAACAACAACUACGGUAUCAAGUCGGAGCUGAACAAUGGCCGCGAUGACGAUCGGGACGACGAUUGCCUGAACUACGACUACGGCAGCCUGGAGCUGUCGGACAAUUGCAUCAGCUUCGACAUUCAGGUGCCGAACGUGCUGCCGAACUACCUGAGUGCGCACUAUGUGUGCGAAACGGGAUCGCGACUGCUGUUCGCCACGGUACACUGGAUGAAGAAGAACCACCUGUUCUCGAUGUUGAGCGAUUCCUUCCAGUCGGAGCUGAUGCGCCAAACCUGGCCUGAGCUAUUUAUGAUCGGUCUGGCCCAAAGUAGCGGUCAGCUAGCCUUCAACACCGUCAUGCUGGCUCUGAUCCAGUACAUGAAGAACCUGAUUCUAAACAAAAAGUACGGCAGCGACGUCAUCAAUUACCUGACCAAGUACAUCCUGCUCAUCCAGGAGUUUGUUUCCGACGUCCAAAAACUGAACCUCACCGAUCAAGAGUUCGCCUACAUGCGAUUGCUCUGUAUCUUCAAUCCAGACAACAUCCUCCAGGACAACGUCAAGAAUCAGCACCUAGCCAAAAUCCAAGACAUGGUACUUGGCAGCUUCCGGGACUACUACAAACAGAAGCACACCCGACUGAUGGCAAGCCGGAGCGAGGAGAACAUCCGCGGUGGCCAGGAUGACGAUGACGACUACUACGAAUCCAGCCACCACCAGCAGCAGCGACAGCAGCGGCAUAAUCUGGAACAACGGUUGGUGACGAUACUGAUGAAGUUGCCAACGCUGCGUGCCUUAAAUUCGAAAAAGGACCUCGAGGAUCUCUUCUUCAGCACCCUGAUCGGGCAGGUGCAGAUCGAAAGCGUGCUGAUGUACAUCCUGCAAACCAAUGACGGAGCGACCUCGUUCUCCAAUCUGGUCCGGAACUAUGCGGCCAGUGCGAUCCCGGUCGGUUCCGGUGGGUCCCACAUGGACAGUGACGACUGAGGGUAAUGAUUUCAACAAAAUUUGAAAAUAUGUAGUAUCUAGGUGACGCAGAUGCAUGUUAUUAUCAUUACAUCGGAAGUAUUUGUUCUUGCUGCUUUCGAUGAUGAUUUUUUAUUCAAAAAUGUUACAUAAUUUCUCAAAAAAAACGUAGGUUAUUGUGCAAAUUAAUUUGUGCGAUCAAAAAAUUUAGUUAACUUUAUUGCGCAUUCAUUCUUGUAAAAUUUUUGAAUUACAAAUGAUGUAAGAGAAACGUAAGAAAACAUCGACUAUCUUGUAGUCUGUUUUCUACGUGUUUAAAGCCACCGAUGGACUCAGAACGUGGAUUUAAUGCAACAGCAUCCAUUGUUACAGAUCUUAUUGACUGAUUACAGAAAAAAAAACACAAAGAGUACGGAUACAAUUUUGCUAUCAGAAAAUAUAUAAAAUAAUGUGCACGGCUCUCCCGAAAAGCCAAACAAUUGAUAGAAAGUCUCUCCCAAAGUCUGCAUAUUGAAGGUAUUUAUAUACUUACAUACCUAUUGGAAUGAAAAAUUAAAAACCGGUUUUGUAGAAACUACUUUUAGUAAUACUUUCCAGUAAGAAGCAUUAUUAUGAAACAUGCAAGUUAUGCAAGUAUUAGUAGGAAUUCACACGAUCAAACAAAUUAGCACCUAAGUUUAAGUCAAACCGUUUACUUAAAUACCGAAUAAGUCAGGUAGAAUCAUGUGUAAUAAGAGCCUUCGUAUGCAUUAUUGGCGGUUGAAGGCGCAAAGCUAGCGCAACUAAAUAAUACAGAAGAAUCAGUGAAAGUGUACCUGUGCAAGGUAAGAGGGAGUCACUUCUUUGAGAAAUACUCCGAAACGAGUGAAAGAGAAAUCAAAAUUUUUAUUCUGGAUAACGUCGAAGGACAUGUUUGGAACUGAUAGCGUAGUGAACUGAGUAUAUAUAGUUUAUACAUAUAUUGGAAGAAAAAAACACAGAUUUGCGUAUAUUUUCUCAAAUUCAUUAAAAUAUGCAUAAUUAUGUUGUGUUAGCAAAACAAAUAUAGAGAUAUUUAUAAAUAUUAUAAAAGUGCGUAUUAUUUAUCCGUGCCUUUCAUGUAGAAUUUCCUAAUGAAAAAGAGAAUAACUACGUUAGGGUGUUUCUGCGGACUUUUCCGAAUUAAAUAAAUUACCUAUACGAUCACUA